GGAUCCUCGGCCGCGCGCGCUCUCUCUCUUUCUCGCUCGCUCGCUCCCCCGCCGGGAAGCCAGGGAAGGGAAGCGCCAUGGCGGCGGCCUCCUCUAGCAGCGGGAGCCGUCGCGCGGAUAACGGCUACGGCGCCAGCAGCCAGCAGCCGGCGGGCUCCCGGCGACGGAAAGGGCCUGGCGCGUUGGCGACGGCCUACCUGGUCAUUUACAACGUGGUCAUGACAGCGGGAUGGCUUGUUAUAGCAGUUGGUUUAGUAAGAGCAUAUCUUGCCACAGGUAGCUACCACAACCUUUACUAUGCGGUAGAAAAACCGUUGAAGUUCUUCCAAACUGGAGCUUUGCUUGAGAUUUUGCACUGUGCAAUAGGGAUUGUUCCCUCUUCCGUUGUCUUGACUGCUUUCCAGGUGAUGUCAAGGGUUUUUCUGACAUGGGCCAUAACUCAUAGUGUAAAAGAGGUACAAAGUGAAGAUAGCAUCCUCCUUUUUGUUGUUGCUUGGACAAUUACCGAGAUUAUACGUUAUUCCUUUUAUACCUUCAGUUUACUAAACCACCUUCCAUAUCUCAUCAAAUGGGCCAGGUACACAUUGUUCAUCGUACUGUAUCCAAUGGGAGUGUCAGGUGAAUUGCUCACAAUAUAUGCUGCUCUGCCCUUCGUCAGACAGUCCGGCUUGUAUUCCAUUAGUUUACCUAACAAAUAUAACUUCUCAUUUGAUUAUUAUACAUUCCUGAUCCUGGUUAUGAUGUCCUAUAUUCCACUCUUUCCUCAGCUGUAUUUUCACAUGCUACAUCAGAGAAGAAAAGUACUUUCACCUGCUGAAGAACAGAAGAAAACAGAAUAACUCAUGGUGGUGUUCAGAACUAUGCACAAACCUCAAAACAAGCAAACUUUCAGAAGUCUUAUCAACAAUGCAGCGAAUUAAACCAAGAAGUCAAAAAAGUUUGGUAAAUUACUAAGGAUAUACCUUACAGCACUGAUAACUUUUUCGACAAAAUCAUCCACCCGUGGAGUUGCAUUUUCAGCAUGUCCAUAUAUGGUGACAUUCAAAUAUAUUUAUCGUUAUUUUACCUUUAAUUUAUUUGCUAAAAACUUCCAUUAUAGCCUGUUUAUGUUGAUGGUAUGAGUGAUAAAGUACAGUGCUUAAAUUGGGAUUAUUUUAUUUAAUGCUUGAUUGCAUGUCAGAUCAUGUGCAUUGUUGUAACUAUGUUGCCUGAGAUGCUUUAGCAGUUUGUCUGAACCACAGUGGGCCCACAAAAAGUCCCACAAAAGACUUGGCUUACUCUGUGUGUGUGGAUGAAGGGCGCAGUCCUACAAUAGGCAUUACAAUGCAUUACAAUUACUUCACCAACUGGUUGCAUAAUCUGCACAACUGAAUUUUUUGCAGUGGGGCCUUAAAGUAGUGCAGUGUUGCACAAGACUGUGUGCGCUAAAGGUGCAACAGUUUUAUUACCUCAAACUUGGAUACUCUGUUACUGUUCUUGAAUGAUUUUUCCUUCUUUUUCCUAAACAGAGCCCCAGUUUUAUUGAAGUUCACACACACAAACCAAAUUUGUAACUGACACAGAAAAAGAUCACUUGGGAACUUUUUUAUGGCUUUGAAUUAACUGUUCACAUAUAUUGUGUAUGUUUUGUGAAAUUUUGUAAGCAUAAGCAGAAAUUUAAAGGUUUAAUGAACAGGUUCUGUAAGGAGUCUUUUCCUAAAAUGAGCUUGUUUUGAGAAUGUUUUAACAGCACCAUUAAUUUGUUCCUAAACGCAGUAUUAAUGCUAACAAAUCCUAUUGACUUCAGAGUUUACUCAUUCAAAGAACUGCACUUUUAUAACAGCACCAGACAAGAGAUUGUGCUCUGAAUGUUUUUUGAUUAAAUAAACUUUUUAGA